AUGAACAGGUGCCACUUGGUCAACCAUGUUUUUCUUUUUCUUCUCAUUGUUGUUAUUGUAUUCACAUGUGGUACAUGUAAUGGCAACAUGUUGCUCCAAGGCAACGAUCAAACAGUCUAUUACACACUUUACAAUAGCAUUCAUCAGAAGGACUAUGUAUUUCCAUAUACCUUCCUAAAAGCUUACAUGUUGAAAGAUAACCCAAAAUUACUUUCGUUUAAUGUAACAAGGAGUGGCGUUAUUGAUUUAUUGAAAGAUGAGAAGAUGGUAAAAAGUUUAAGAAUUGGAAUUGUCUCCUCGUGGGAUACGACUAAAGACUAUCGACAGAUCAUGAAUGAUUUCUUUCGAUUUUAUCAGCUAGAACACAUUGUUGAACAAGUUUCGUUUACAAUAGGUAGAUAUGGCACCUGUCAAGCAAAUAUUUUCGAUAAUUUUGACAUUAUUUUCUCACACAACCAAAUGUUUUAUAUGUGGAUAAGGAUUUUUAGAAAUGGGAAUCGAUCUUACAAGAUGGACGACUUUUUAUCAGUAACCCUAGCUCCAUUCUAUGUAUUUGUUAUUACAGAACCUUUGGGACCAAUAGAAGAGUAUACGGUUCAUAAUCUUGUAUGGAACACAACGUGUAAUGAUGAUGGACUUGAUUUUAUUUCACAACUUGUAAAUAUUGCUCGUUAUGAAACUAAGGUGGAGUACUUUUUCUACACUUCUAAAAGUGGAAAUGGCACUCUUUUUGAGAGAGAAGACAGAUUGUUUAUGAGUAGUAUGAAUGGAUUUGAUAUCAUGUAUGUUUCUUCACAAGUAGCAGAUAAUUGGAAGAACAAGAUUGUAAACUAUUACAAUAUUAAUGAAAAUACCUCAUACCAAUCAUAUCUCCUUCCUCAAUGCACCGCUUGUAAGAAUGAUUAUUGUGAAGAGUUUGUAUUUGCUGAUACUGAUUACUGGAUUAUACCUGUAACUCUUUUAAUGAUCAUUCAUUAUUGUGUAAUUUUCUUCUCUGGCUCUUUCAGAACACCAGCAUUGAAGAUUCGUCUGCUCAUACCAUAUCUGUUACCGAUUAUUGUUUUUUACUUUGAGAUCCACUUUUCUAUUAUCAUUGUUUAUAGUUGUAAAAAUGUCAGAAAUGCCAUUAGCGGUUUCAUUCUGACAGGUGGUAUUCUGACCUAUGCUUUUACAAUUAUUAGAGUAUACUAUCUUAGAAACUUGUAUCACAUUAUCAAUACAAGAAAUAUUGAAUCCUCUAUUAGGAAUAUUGCAUUCCAAAGAAAGAUUUCAGGUCCUCUACCUGGAAUAUUGCUCACUGGAGGAAUAGCAUUAAUGUUAGUUCCAAUAUUUGGUUCACCAUAUUUGGUAGCUAUUAGCUCUAUAGAUGAAAUGGAUAAUUCAGUAAUAGUUUUAAAUGCACUCUAUGCUGUAUACAUUGGACUUGGAUGUUCAAUUGGUGGUAUUGCCAUAGUAUUGGAUCUGGUAUUCAAUAGGAGAAAGUUGAAAGAAAAAGGAUUGAAAUAUGUCCUAUUCUUUGAUGAUCCAUUCUUGAUUCGUUUAGAAGUUUUCCUUCUUUCGUUAUGUAUUGUAUUCAUUGUUCUAAUUUCAAUCCCUAGUAUUGAUUUUCAUUCAGCAAGAUUUUUCAGAUUUAUGAUUUAUGUCAUUGUCAUUCUAAACUCUGGUCUUCUUGUAUCUUUCAAGCAAAUUAUUACAAAAGUUUUCAAUAGAAAGAAGAAGAAUGAAAUUUCCAACUUGGAAGUUUACAUGCAAAACUCUGCAUUCCAAAUAAUGAUGAAAGAGUAUUGUGUGAAAGAAAUGUCUUUGGAAAAUUAUAAUUGUUACAUGUUUUUGGAACGAUUGAAAGAGAAGACAGAUCAAUUGAUAGAUUUGACAGUAAUCCAACAAUUGGAGAAGGAUUACUUCGCGCUUAAUUCCAUCUAUGAGUUGAAUAUUCCAUCAAAUGUAAGAAAAUCAUUCUAUGAAUUACUGAAACAAGUUGAAGAUUCACACGCUCAACUCUGUGAAAUGGCAGAAAGUAACAUGACAGGCAUGAACACUUCUCAUGAAAAUUCCUCUAUACCAAAAUAUUCUGAUUUGAUAGAACUUGUGAACAUCAAUAUUAUUAGUAAUUUGGGGGAUACACUCUCAAGGUUGGAAGUAACGAACGAAUAUCAGGUCUGGCAAGAAUUGUAUGAUAUCCAAUCUAAAUCAUCAGUAAUUUAA